AUGAUUCACUCUUUUGCUGCAGCAAUGAGCAACGAACUCCAGAACACCUCCUCCUUGAAUGCCGCGGGCACGUUGAAUUUCCCGGACGUGCAGAACUCGUCGCCGGUGCAGACCCAGGACCUCCGUCCGUUAGCCGUCAGCCCCUGGGACAUCGCUCUGUGCGUGACCGGCACCCUUAUCUCCUGCGAGAACGCGAUUGUCAUCGCCAUCCUUUUCUACACGCCCACGCUACGGGCUCCCAUGUUCAUCUUGAUCGGGAGUCUGGCCUUCGCGGACCUGGUGGCGGGUCUGGGGCUCAUCCUGAACUUCAUCUUCGUCUACAUCCUCAACUCGGAGGUGGUGACGCUCUUCUCGGUGGGGCUGCUCAUCGCCGCCUUCUCCGCCUCCGUGCUCAACAUCCUGGCGAUCACGGUGGACCGGUACCUCUCGCUGUACAACGCGCUCACCUACCACACGGAGCGCACCGUCACGUUCACCUACGUCAUGGUGGCGGUCAUCUGGCUGGUGUGCAUCCUGCUGGGGAUGCUGCCGGCGCUCGGCUGGAACUGCUUGCGCAACGAGGCCAGCUGCAGCGUGUGCCGCCCGGUCACCAAGAACAACGCGGUGGUGCUCGCCGUGACGUUCCUGCUCGUCUUCGCGCUCAUGAUGCAGCUCUACCUGCAGAUCUGCAAGAUCGCCUUCCGCCACGCGCAACAGAUCGCCGUGCAGAACCAGUUCAUGGCCAUCUCGACCACCAAAGGCGUGUGCACGCUCUCGGCCAUCCUGUGCACGUUCGCCAUGUGUUGGCUGCCCUUCGCCAUGUACUCCAUCGUGGCAGACUCGAGCUACCCAAUCAUAUACACUUACGCCACCGUCUUGCCCGCCACGUGCAAUUCGGUGAUCAACCCCAUCAUUUACGCCUUUAGGAAUCCCGACAUCCAGAAAUCGCUGUGGCUCGCGUGCUGCGGCUGUUUCCCCACCAACCUCUCGCUGCGACCAAGGACAUCAAGUGACGUAUAGACUGGAGGGGG